CGUUAAAUGUUUUUUUCCUUUACCAUACUGCGGUAAUGCAUACUCAUCACGGGUUCGUUGCGUCCACUCCCUUUGGCCAUGGAUCGAAAGCACCACCAAGACGAGCAGAGCGACGCGUUCACCGGUUACCGCACGGCUUUUAAAUCGUUCGCCACAGACGCGAUUCACGUCGGUCAGAAGCCGGAGCAAUGGAAAUCCAUGGCUGUGGUGCCGCCGAUUUCGCUUUCUACCACGUUCAAGCAGCUCGAACCGGGAAAGCACGCCGGAUUUGAAUACAGUCGGAGUGGAAAUCCUACAAGGAACUGUCUUGAGAAUGCUGUGGCAGCUCUGGAUGGAGCAAAGUACUGCCUUGCUCUUGCGUCGGGGCUGGCAGCCACAGUGACAAUCACUCACAUGCUCAAAGCCGGUGAUGGGAUUGUCUGCAUGGAUGACGUGUAUGGAGGCACAAAUCGCUACUUCCAAAGAAUUGCCACCGAGGUUGGUCUGGAGGUGUCUUUUGCUGAUUGUACAAAACCGGAGCUGCUUAAGGCUGCACUGAAGGCCAACACUAAACUGGUGUGGAUUGAGACACCCACUAACCCCAUGAUGAAGGUCGUUGACAUCAAGGUCUGUGCUGACUUGGUCCAUGAGCACAACAAAGAUAUAGUGGUGGUUGUGGACAACACCUUCAUGUCUGCCUAUUUCCAGCGCCCCUUGGCUUUGGGAGCUGAUAUUUGCAUGUACUCAGCCACCAAAUACAUGAACGGUCACAGUGAUGUGGUAAUGGGUCUGGUUUCAGUGAACCGGGACGAUCUGCAUGAGCGACUGAAGUUUCUGCAAAAUGCACUGGGUGGUGUACCAUCUCCCUUUGACUGCUUCCUGUGUAACCGUGGACUGAAGACGCUACACCUGAGGAUGGAGCGGCACUUCAAGAACGCCAUGGCCGCUGCCAGGUUUCUGGAGGCGGAUCCCAGGGUGGAACGCGUCAUCUUCCCAGGCCUGCCCUCUCACCCCCAGCAUGAAGUGAUGAAGAGACAAUGCACCGGGUGUCCGGGGAUGAUCACCUUCUACAUCAAGGGGACACUCGAGCACGCCAGCACCUUCCUCAGUAGCCUCAAAGUGUUUGUGAUAGCUGAGAGUCUUGGUGGUUAUGAAAGUUUAGCAGAACAUCCGGCGAUUAUGACUCAUGCAUCAGUGCCAGAAAAAGAGAGGCGCAUGCUGGGGAUCAGUGACACACUGAUCCGACUGUCUGUGGGACUGGAGGAUGAAGCCGACAUCAUUGAAGACCUGGAGCAAGCACUGGCUGCUGCUCAUCCAGAGAAGAAAUAAAAUGUCUUCAGGGCGUCCUCAAGGCUGAGGUUGAAUCAGUCGAAGUCAGGAUGAAGACCGGAGGUACCCGGAGUCUCAAAUCAUCGCAGAUUAACCACAUGGUACCUCAGUUCAGCACACAAACAGCACCUAUCAGGGAACAAGCUGUUCUUUAAAAAAAAUAUAUAUAUACAAAACAUGUUAUAUCUGAAUAAUUAACACAAUUUUUAACUGAGAAUCUUUGUAAUGCGUAUUUUACUAGAACAUCAGUUGUGAUCUUAUUUAUCUUAUGCCAGGUUUGCUUGUUUUUAUGUUCGUAUGUGUUUUGUUUUAACUUGGAAGGCUCUAAUGAGGCAAAGUCCUAUUCAGUCAAGACUGACACAGUACGAGUUUUUGCAGAAAAACACCAAACACAAUAUUUUCAGUUUAAACUUGCUGUAAAAAUUUUUUUUCUUCUGGCUAAUUCCUAGUUUUGAUGCACAGACCUAGUCUCCAAAUGGAAAGAUUCAUAUCACUGUACUUAGUACAUCUGCAGCUGUAAUCUGUAUUAAUAAUUUGUCUUGUUUUCUAAUUCUAACUGGCAUAGAUUGCUUUGUAAAACAUGUAAAUGUAUUAAUGAAUUCGCAUUAGUCGAACUAACCAGACUCAGACAAAGCGAAUGCCGCAACCUGCUGUACAAAAGUCAGAAGAAUUUUCUGACUGCCUGCCAGAAUCUGCUCUAAGAUAUUAGAGGCUCUUUCAGAAGCUUUAGAUGAUGAAAUGAAAAAAAUGUGAGUAGAAAUGUGUUCAUUUUGCUGCAGAAACAAAAGCAUAAACCGGAUGCCAGUUUUGUUUGACUAGAACUUGAAAUUAGGCUUCAAGGGUAUGUAUGCCUUUGUGAAGAUGAGGAGAGCAAUCUUAUUCCUCAAGUUUGAGACAAAUCAGGAUACCAAGAAAUGAGGGAGUGUUUGGUACAGGCAUUCAGUAGUUGGAGCAGACUUUCCCUGCAACGACAAUAUUGAAGGUUUUUUUCUUUUAGUUUUUUUUUUUUUAAUAAUAACCACCGAGGGUUGUUGCAGGAGUGUUUCUCAGAAAAAAAAAUGUUGAAAAUGAUGAAAAGCUUUAUGUGUUUGAACUCAAGUCAAAGCGUUUGGGCCGAUGACAAAAGCGAAAUUCCUGCCAGGUCAGAAUUCACAUGGUUUUUAUCUGUGCAAAGAACAUGUUUUACUCAGGCACUCCCUCCUCCUGCUUUUCCUCCCAUAGUUAUAUGUCACAUCACUUCUCAAGUAUACGCUUCCUUUGGGACAGACAGCUCAUGAUCAAUGUCAUUUAUGUAACCGACAGAUCCAUUAAAACUAGUUUGCAGUAUGA